GUUGGCGAGGUCGAUUGGUCAUGCCUUGGGCUACGGACAGGUGAAUCCAUCCGGCAACGACGCUCGGGGCUCGAUUACACUCGUGUGCAAGUUUGUGUUUUAAAAUGGCGGCGGAAAUACCCAGACAGGUACGAGGCGUCAACUAAGGCGACCAAACUUGUUUGCUUAACUUAAUUCGCCGCUCGACAGGGGGGUUGUUUGUGUUGCUGUAAUAGCGAAAAAAUGUCGAAUAGUGUUUAAAAAGAUGUCCAACCUAUUUCGUUAAAAAAAAGUUGAGGAAGCGUUGGUGCACUUGUUUAGCCGGUGAGUCCGCUUCAAAGUGGCGUUCGAUCCCUUUAUGUCAAAUGACCUCACCGCGGUCAUGUUUGUGCACACCGAGUUGCGUCGAAGAGGUAGUAGAUAGUCGUGCCGCAUCAUCAUGGACCACCGCAGCCCACCGACACCUUGCCGCCACCUGUAGCACCGAGCGGGGGCCAUGGAGGACCGGACCCACGGCGAGCAGAGCCGAGCAGAGAGCCACUGUGUGUGUCUGCAGGAGCAAUCGUGGCGAAUGGGUCUGUCGUGAAAGGCGAAAGCGAGUCCAGCGACCUUCAUGACCAUUCCAAGCAGCAGCUCCCUGAACCCAGCACUGUCCUACUGAGUGAAUCCACUUUCCAAUGCACACCAUGCCACUCCUCAGCCUCUAUGCUCCACAGCACGGCCCAGAAGCUCGGUCCCAACCUGGAUCAGGAUAGACACAGCUUGAGUUCCCAAGACUCUGGGAUUCCAACACUGGAGCUCAACCCUGCAGAGCUCACUGGAGGAGACUCCCCUGCAACGCUAACGUUGGACGAUGAUCCCUCUGACAGCAGUGCAGUGCCCAAGUCCUCCAGAUGCCCACGCAGUGGCAUUGAAUCCACCCGCUUUUUCAGUCCGGGCCUCAGAUUGUCCACAACUGCCACCACGGGGCACCGAGUCUUGAACCGCAGCGACAACAUCUCCGUGGGCAGCACGUCCAGUUUGAGCACAGAGCUCUCCAUUUCCAAUGAGGACAUCUUGGACUUCACCGUCACAUCUGACUCCAGCGCCAUUGUCACUUUGGAGAACGAUGACCGCUGCAUGCCUCCCUUCUCCAACAACCUGCAUGCUCUGUCGCCGGGAUGCUCGAUGGACUUUAUGAUUCUAGGGCGACCAAGCCAGGGGUCGGGGGUUAUGAGACAGGAAGAAGAUGGCAGGCAAAAGAAACUUGUAUCUCUUGUCAGCUUGUUCAACAGGAGCCUGUUUGCCAGGAAAGUGAAGGACAGUCAUUCAGCAGAGCAGCGGGAUGCCGGAUGGAAGCUGUUUGGAAAGGUGCCACCCCGCGAGGCUCCCAUCAAGGACCCUAAAAGAAUACAGAAGGAAUAUGAAACGAAGGCAAGCAGAGCUGGGACCGGCAAUGUGAUGUCUCCCAGGCAGAACGUGAGGAAAAACCUGGACUUUGAACCUCUUUCCACCACCGCUCUCAUACUGGAGGACAGACCUGCGAAUCUUCCAGCUAAGCCGGCCGAGGAGGCAGAGAAACACAGACAACAAUAUGAAGAGAUGGUGGCCCAGGCCAAGAAGAGAGAGUUGAAGGAGGCCCAGAAGAGAAGAAAGCAGCUGGAGGAUCGCUGUAAGCUGGAGGAGAGCAUUGGCUCGGCGGCUCAGACGUGGAACCAGGAGAUUUUACCCAACUGGAGCACUUUGUGCACGUCUCGGCGAGUGAGGGAUCUCUGGUGGCAGGGCAUCCCGCCAAGUGUCAGAGGCAAAGUGUGGAGCCUGGCUGUUGGCAAUGACCUUAACAUCACACAUGAGCUGUAUAAUAUCUGCCUGGCGCGGGCCAAAGAGAAGUGGACGGCGCCGGCGAGUGCUCCAGAAGCUGAAAUUGAAGACGCGGGCUCGUCCAAUCGGGAGUCAAGCUUGGAGCUGAUCAAGCUGGACAUCUCUAGAACAUUCCCCCAAUUGUGCAUUUUUCAGCAGGGCGGGCCUUAUCAUGACGUGCUGCACAGCAUUCUGGGAGCAUACACCUGCUACCGGCCUGACGUUGGCUAUGUGCAGGGAAUGUCAUUCAUUGCAGCAGUGCUCAUUCUGAACCUGGACACAGCCGAGGCCUUCAUAGCGUUUUCCAACCUGCUCAACAAGCCGUGUCAGAUGGCCUUCUUCAGAGUGGACCACAGCCUUAUGUUGACCUACUUUGCUGCCUUCGAAGUCUUCUUCGAAGAAAACCUACCAAAGCUCUUUGCACAUUUCAAGGAGAACAGCCUGACCCCCGAUAUUUAUUUGAUCGACUGGAUCUUCACCCUGUAUAGCAAGUCUCUUCCGCUGGACCUGGCGUGCCGCGUGUGGGAUGUCUUCUGCAGAGACGGCGAGGAGUUCCUGUUCCGCACGGCGCUGGGCCUCCUGCGCCUCUUCCACGACGUGCUGACUGGUAUGGACUUCAUCCACAUGGCCCAGUUCCUCACCCGCCUGCCCGACCUCAUCCCCGCCGAGCAGCUCUUCCAGCACAUCGCCGCCGUCCACAUGAGCGGCCACAACAGGAAGUGGGCGCUGGUUCUACAGACGUUGCAGAAGGAUGUGGAGCGGGGCAGUCCGGUGUUGAAGCGCUGACAUUGAGAAGACUUUGGCUUUGGGAACUGAGUGCUGCUAUGUGGGACCUCUCUGAAUGGGAUCAGGACCUAGGAGGAGGACCUGGUGCCUUAUUGAACACACUCCCACCCAGGAGGGGAUCAGAGAGACCAGACCUCACAUUCUCUCUUUUAAUUGUACUUCCUGACUUUCUUCUUUGUUUGUUUUUACCGCGGACUCCCUGAACGCACUUUGAGGGAGUGAAGGCCUUGUUGAUGUUACACGUUUCCAGAAAGAAAAGGUCAUCGGCUGCCUUUAAGCUACAUUUCAACAUCUUUUAUUUGUGUAUUUAUUCAAAGGGGAAGCAAAUCGUGUUUCUGCAGAGGCUUUUAUUUUGCUGUGUUCUUUUACAAGUAGAGCUGUGGCUUUUGUGUCAUGUUGCACUAUUCCUGGCAGACCACUUUGCUCUUUUUGCCGUCCAUUUUGCACACAGAUAGCCCCGAUCAGGCGUCCUUGUUGUCACUUACUUGAUGUUUCGUAGGUUGCAAACAGGAAACUUUUCUUUUUUUUUUAACGUCUCGAGUUUUUGCAAAGCAAUGCAAUGCAAUGCGCUUUCACCGCGACCUAAGCGCAGUAACACACCACAGGACUGCAACGACCCAUUUAGCACACACUUGUCCUCUCCUGUUUGUUUUUAAAAUGAAGUGUGCUGUCCGGUGGCGUUUCCACUUUUGUUACUUUCACACUGGAUCCUAAAUAUUAAUCAUGUAAAGUCUGAUUGCGCUGUCGUUACAUAGUGUAUACAUUAAAGGCCCACUGAAACCCACUA